UGUUGAUUACAGGUUAUGUUUCCAAAUCAGCGACUAUGCAUUCUUGAAACAAGUAUUUUGUGAAUUAAUUUAAGAUGAUUUUUAAUCCUAGUUUAAAAGUUUUAAGUGUUUUAUUUCACACAUGCCUCCUCUUCCUAAGAGCUCAAGCUAGGCGUUCGGCAGAAUUUGUCACCUAUGGAUCUGUCCUUAAACUCAUGAAUCCAGAGUUUGAAGUCCGCCUUCACUCUCAUGACAUCAAAUAUGGAACAGGGAGUGGUCAGCAGUCGGUGACAGCUACAAAAUUGCAAGAGGAUGUAAAUUCGCAUUGGGCGAUCACCCCCGCCAUGGCGCAAUAUCGUAGUAGAGGUGAUGCUGUCAAAUGUGGAGACAUAAUCCGACUGCUGCACCUAGAAACAAAGAUGAAUUUACACUCCCAUCUCUUUCCAUCACCACUUUCUGGAAAUCAGGAGGUGUCUGCUUAUGGUAAAAAUGGAGAGGGUGACUCUGGAGACCAUUGGGAAGUUUACUGUGACACAGGCGAUUGGCUGAGGAGAGACACGAUAAAAUUAAGACAUGUAGACACAAACAAAUUCCUUGGUGUCAGCUCCAAAGUUUACAACCGUCCUAUCACUGGCCAGUACGAAGUUGCUGGAUUCGACUCAAGAGUUAAAAAGAGCAUGAUCUCAUGGAAAGCAAUGGAAGGAGUCUUCGUUCAUCCAAAUGAAGAGUUCAAAGCGCAAUUCAAUACAUAUUCACAUCCUGUUCACACAGAACUGUAACUGUACAUUCAUUCCAUUUUAUUUUAAGGUACUUUUAAUUGAAACCUAGUCUUUAGUUUGUAAAAUCUGGUUUUUUAUUGUUUAUAUGCAAUUUGGGUACUGUUUCCUGAUAAAGUUUAAGAACAUAAAAUUGUCCUCCAAGA